GCAACAUCAACAAACGCGAACGCUGGAGCAAAUCGGACUUUUUCCGUUAGAAAAAUGGUAAAUUAUUGCCGUGUUUUCGGCUGUACCAACCGAUCAGACCGACAGAAGCACUUGGAGUUUUAUAGACUACCAAAGGUUAUUAAAAAUCAGGGAGAGGAAUGCCAGAAGUUGUCAGAAGAAAGGAGGCGUCUGUGGUUAGCAAAGCUAAACCAAGACCUGCGUGGCAAAAAUCUGGAUAACAUCCGAAUCUGUUCGGCCCAUUUCGUGUCUGGUAGAAGGUCUGAUCUUUAUCAAAAGGAUGACCCAGAUUGGGUGCCGUCUGUUGGAAUGAUGGGUCAGCAAAGGUCAUCUGAAGAGACAGGAACUUCACGUUACAAACGGCGUAUGAAUCGAACUCAGCAGAGACUGCAGGUUGGAGCUGCUGCUGCUUCUGAUGAGACUGAGUCUGCUGCUGCGUCUGCCGACCCUACCACAAGUGUUUUUGUCACCAGUCAUUUAUGCAGCACAGGGACACAAACUGAACUGACUGGUUAUUACAUUGAGGCUAUGAAUAGUGAACUUCAAAGUCUUAGAACUGAAAACAUCCAUUUGCGUUCUGAUGCGGCACAUUUGUUUACUACCUAUGACCAAAGUGCAUUUGUUGAUAAGGAUGAAAAGGUUUUAUUUUUUACUGGCCUACCUACAUACCAGAUACUGAUGGUACUCUUCACAUUCCUUAGCCCCUACCUCCCUGUGAAGAAGUCACUAGAUAAGUUUAGGCAGUUGAUGUUGACACUGAUGCGCCUUAGGCUUAAUGUUUCCACAACCUUCCUAUCAUAUGCAUUCAACAUAUCAGUAGCCACUGCUUCUAGGAUAGUUACUGAUGUAAUUGAUGUCAUGUACAUUCGUAUGAAGCCACUUAUCAUAUGGCCAGAAAGAGAGCAUUUGCAAAAAACCAUGCCAAUGCAAUUCAGAAAACAUUUUGGGAAAAAAUGUGUGGUUAUUAUUGACUGUUUUGAAGUUUUUAUUGAACGACCAUCUAACCUUAAAGCCAGAGCAGAGACAUGGUCUUCUUAUAAGCACCAUAACACAGUAAAAUUCUUAAUUGGUAUCACACCACAGGGCACAGUGUCUUACAUUUCAAAUGCAUGGGGAGGAAGAGCAGCUUUGGGUUGCAGAAUGGCUCAUGUGAAAAUUCCAGCCUUCACUCGAGGAAAGUCACACUGUAACAGAGGAAAAAUUGCCAGCGGUUUGUUCCUCAAGUGA